CAGGUGUGGUGUGUGUUGUUUCUUUUGGCUGAGAGGGUUUCUGCAGACAUGGCCUGUGAUGCCCUGCUCCUGCUGACUGGAAACCUCACAACGUAUUCAGUGGAAUCUUCUAAUCAGACAGACACUAACAGUUCAGGAUUCUGUGGCGUGUCUGUUGACGGGCUGGGUACGUGUUGGCCACGCAGCAGUGCUGGGGACAUGGUGACAAGACCCUGCCCUGAGCGCCUGUACGGUGUCCCAUAUAACACCAGCAAUAAUGUGUACAGGAGGUGCCUGGCCAAUGGAACAUGGGACUCCAAAGGAAACUACUCACAGUGCCGAGCGAUUCUCAACAUACAGAGGAAGAGUAAAAUACAUUACCGCGUAGCAGUCAUCAUCAACUAUCUGGGUCACUGUCUCUCUCUGGUCACCCUGCUGUUGGCCUUCAGCCUCUUCCUCUGCCUCAGAAGUAUUCGUUGUUUGAGGAACAUAAUUCACUGGAAUCUCAUUGGUGCAUUUAUCCUGCGAAACGCCACAUGGUUCAUCGUACAGUUCAGCAUGAACCCACAAGUACACGAAAGUAACGUGCUGUGGUGUCGACUGGUGACAGCGGCCUAUAACUAUUUCCACAUGGCCAAUUUCUUCUGGAUGUUUGGAGAAGGCUGCUACCUCCACACCGCCAUCGUCCUCACAUACUCCACAGACAAACUCAGGAAAUGGAUGUUCAUCUGCAUUGGCUGGUGUAUUCCUUUUCCUAUCAUUGUGGUCUGGGCCAUUGGGAAGCUGUAUUAUGACAAUGAGAAAUGCUGGUUUGGGAAGAGAGCUGGAGUCUAUACUGAUUAUAUCUACCAGGGGCCUAUGAUACUGGUCUUAGUGAUAAAUUUUGUUUUCCUCUUCAACAUCGUCAGAAUCCUAAUGACCAAACUCAGAGCCUCCACUACGUCCGAGACCAUUCAGUACAGAAAAGCAGUCAAGGCCACACUGGUCUUGUUGCCUCUGUUGGGUAUCACCUACAUGCUGUUCUUUGUGAAUCCAGGAGAGGAUGAAGUCUCUCAGAUCGUGUUCAUCUACUUCAAUUCUUUCCUCCAGUCUUUCCAAGGCUUCUUUGUGUCUGUAUUUUACUGUUUUCUGAAUAGUGAGGUGAGGUCAGCGGUGAGGAAGCGCUGGCAUCGUUGGCAGGACAAACAUUCCAUCCGAGGCCGGGUUGCCAUGGCGAUGUCCAUCCCCACCUCCCCCACCCGCAUCAGCUUCCACAGCAUUAAACAGUCUACCACCACUGUCUGA